CCUGCAUCCAGACAAGCCAUGUCCGAAGCCCGACUACCCCUCGCCUACAGAGACAGCUGUGCACACCUUUUGAUCCCACUGAAUAAAUGCCGACACGACACUUGGUUCUUGCCGUGGAAGUGUGAGAAUGAACGACACAGCUAUGAGAAAUGCCAGUACGAGGAAUUCAAGAAGCGAGUCGCGAAGAUGGAUGAGAUCCGGGCAACCAGGGCGAAUGAGCAGAGAACAUUA